GAAAGUUAAUUGCAAUUAAGACACGGUUCAGUUUUAGUAUUUAUACCGGCUCAACAAUCUCUACCACUAUCAUACCUCAAGUCUUCAUUCUUCAGCGUCUUCGUCAAAGAACGAGAAUGUGGGCUCUUCUGACUCUUACACUGUUGGCCUCCAUGGCCUGCCUACCCGAGGGUGAGGGAGGCAGGGUCGUACCUGAUAAAUUCAGAGCACACCACCACGAACAUGGGCACCACUCUGAAGAUUCUGAUGAUGACACAUCACUGAAGCAUUUCAAGCAUCAUAAAUUUGGAGACCACUCUGAUGAUUCUGAUGAUGACACAUCAUCGAAGCAUUUUGAGCAUCAUAAAUCUGGACACCAUUCCGAAGAUUCUGAUGACGACACAUCAUCGAAGCAUUUUAAGCAUCAUAAAUCUGGACACCACUCCGAAGAUUCUGAUGACGACACAUCAUCGAAGCAUUUUAAGCAUCAUAAACACCAUUCUCAUCAUGGCCGUUACUAGUCGUCUGUUCAACUAAGUUGAAUUAUCCGCCAAAUUAUUUGUUUAAAAUGAAUAAAAUGAACUUCUAAAUAUA